AUGCACCACCUGCUGGUCUUGGCAUCUUUUUGUCUUUCUUCUCUUUCUGGGAGUUUAGCAAUUUACCAAAGGCCAACAAACCCAGCAACACCACCACCUCUCCAACAUUUGCUGGACCCAAUACACAAGAUUGUGCACACUCAGAGAGGGGCUACUGUCACCUUGCCCUGUGUUCUGAGGGCACCAGUACCCCAAAAUUAUAAGGUGAGAUGGAGCAAGGUGGAGCCAGCUGAAUAUAUGGAGGUCGUCGUCCUGAUCACCAAUGGGGCCCAUCACAAAACCUAUGGUCCUCUGGGCAGCCGGGUUCACCUAAGGCACAGCCACCGCUAUGAUGCAUCUCUGACCAUCUCCAAUGUGGCACUGGAUGACGAAGGCCGCUACCGCUGCCAGCUCAUCAAUGGCCUGGAAGAUGAGAGUUUGUCUCUUGUGCUGCAAUUAGAUGGAGUCGUCUUUCCCUACCAGACCAGCCACGGGCGCUACAGAUUCAACUAUUUUGAGGCCAAACAAGCAUGUCAGCAGCAGGACUCCAGGCUGGCCACAUACGGACAGCUUUACAAAGCUUGGACUGAAGGAUUGGACUGGUGCAAUGCAGGCUGGGUCAUUGAAGGGACUGUACACUAUCCCAUAAUUAACUCCCGUGAGCCCUGUGGGGGCCGUCUCCUUCUCCCUGGAGUCCGGAGCUAUGGGGCCAAGGACAAGUCGAAAGAUCGAUUUGAUGCCUUCUGCUUCUCUUCCGCUGUGAAAGGCCGAGUGUACUUCAUCCGGGGCCACAUGAAUUUCAAGGAGGCCACUCUGGCCUGCCAGAAUGAUGGAGCCACCAUUGCCAAGGUUGGGCAGUUGUACGCAGCAUGGAAGUUCUCUCGGCUUGAUCGCUGUGAUGGAGGCUGGCUGGAGGAUGGCAGCGUGCGCUACCCAAUUAUCACUCCCCGCACCGGCUGUGGAGGUCUCCCAGAUCCUGGCGUCCGCAGUUUUGGCUUCCCCAGCAAGUUGCGGAAGAAAUAUGGCGUCUACUGCUUUUCAGUGAAGUAG